CAUUAAUGGCGCAGUUAUAAAGUAGUUAAUGUGCAACCAAGCAGAGCUGGGUCUCAUGCAAUAUCUUGAUGUGGACUUUUAGCUUUUGCCUACGUAGCAGCAGUUUGAGGUGGAUUAAGCAUUACAGCCCAUUGUUCCUGCCUGGAGAACUCUUGCUCUCGUUUUUUUUUUCCCUUUUGACCUUCAACUUGAGAUAUGAGAGGACUGCAGUUUGUCGUGCGCAAGUUAUGUUAGAUUUAGUAUUGAGUCUGUGACUGAACCGUAACCGAACCUGUCAAAGGAGACGCCCAAACGUUCAUUUCGUCCUGCAGAAGAACAGUUUGAGAAAAUGAUGAACGAUAAGGACAGAGACGCAUUUAGAAACGUCAGUCAGAAGCCCGGCCUGCAGAUAUGGACCAUCAGCAAGAUGCAAAUGGUUUCGGUUCCGUCCCGAGCCUUCGGGAACUUCUUCGAAGGAGACUGUUAUGUUGUUCUAAACAUAAGUAAGGCUCGGGGUUCGGGAGAGUCCGUGGACAUCCAUUACUGGAUCGGCGCCGCCUCGUCUCAGGACGAGCAGGCCUCCGCCGCCAUCUACGUCACCCAGCUGGACGAGUACCUGGGCGGGAGUCCGGUGCAGCACAGAGAGGUGCAGGGCUACGAGUCGCCGCAGUUCAGGAGCUACUUUAAAACAGGCCUGAUCUACAAGAARGGGGGCGUGGCCUCGGGUUUUAACCACGUCGACACGAACGUCUACAACAUCCUGCGGCUGCUGCGCGUCAAGGGGACGAAACACAUCACAGCGACAGAGGUUGAGGUGUCGUGGAACAGCUUUAACAACGGAGACGUUUUCCUCCUGGACAUGGGUAAAAAUAUAGUUCAGUGGAACGGCCCUGAGAGCAACCGCAAGGAGAGGCUGAAGGCGGUCCUGUUGGCUCAGGACAUCCGGGACAGAGAGCGAGGGGGACGUGCUGAGAUCUCGGACGUGGAGGGGGGACACGAGAAGGACUCGCCGGAGCUGAUGAACCUGAUGACAGCGACGCUCGGCCCGAAGCCCAGCCAGCUGAAGAAAGCCGUUCCCGAUGACACGCCUGAGGAGGCGCAGGCCGGCAGCGUCAAACUCUACCAUGUUUUUGAUGACUGUGGGAAUAUGGUGAUCAAGGAAGUGGCCACACAGCCUCUGUCACAACACCUGCUUCACUCCGGCGACUGUUACAUCGUGGACCACAGAGGCUCCAGUGUGAUGGUCUGGAAGGGCAAAAAGUCCUCAAAGGAGGAGAGACAGAAAGCCCUGAACACAGCAGUGGGUUUUAUUAAAGCCAAGAACUACCCGUCCAGCACCCCCGUGGAGGUGAUGUCUGAGGGGGGAGAGUCGGCCAUGUUCAAGCAGCUCUUUCCAUCCUGGAAGGAGAAGGACCAGAUUAAGGGUCUGGGGAACACCCACACUGUCGGAAAAAUAGGGUGGAACGGGUCGACCUGGUGUCGUUAACCCCCAGUCCAGUUCCAGACUCUUCCACGUGAGAGGAACUACGGCGAUGAACACGAAGGCCAUCGAAGUGCCGGCGAGGUCCUCGUCCCUGAACAGCAACGACGUCUUCGUGUUGAGCGCCAACCAGAAGUGCUACCUGUGGUACGGAAAGGGCUGCAGCGGGGAUGAGAGGAUGAUGGCGACAGAAGUGUGCGAUUUGCUGUUCCGGCAGUUUAAGGAGGUGGUGAUGGAGGGCCAGGAGCCCGCUGAUUUCUGGAUCGCUUUGGGGGGAAAGGCCCCCUACGCCAAUGACAGGAGGUUGGAGAGGGAGGAGCUGCUCCACAGCCCCCGUCUGUUCGAGUGCUCCAAUCAGACGGGUCAGUUCAGGAUGACCGAGAUUUACGGCUUCGACCAGAGCGACCUGGACGAAGACGACGUCAUGCUGCUGGACACCUGGGAGGAGAUUUUCCUGUGGAUCGGAGUCUCAGCCAACGAGUACGAGACCAAGGAGUCGCUGAACAGCGCGCAGGAAUACCUGAGGACGCACCCGGCGGGUCGUGAUCCCGACACUCCCAUCCUCACCGUCAGGCAGGGGAACGAGCCGCUCACCUUCACCGGCUGGUUUACCGCCUGGGAUCCUUUUAAGUGGCGCGACCUGAGCCACACGGGUAAGAGGCCUGCUGUGAUGGACGAGGGUGGCUACAGGGCCCCUGGAGGUCCGGGCUCUUCGGUUCCGGCGUCACCCAAACCCUCUACCCCCGCCAGCCCGUCCCAUCAGGCCUGGUUCCCAUCAGGUGGCGGCGGGAGGUAUCUGGACCCGAAAAUCCUUAUCAACACACCUGCUGACGAGCUUCCCGAGGGAGUGAACCCCACGCAGAGAGAGGACUACCUGUCUGAUGAGGACUUCGAGAACCUGCUGGGCGUGACCCGCGCAGACUUUCUGGGCAUGCCCCAGUGGCGUCAGAUCGAUUUGAAGAAAAAAGCUGGAAUUUUCUGAGAAGGCGAGCUGCCAAACCAGUCUGUGUGUGAUUCCAGGAAACGCAAGCCGAAGCUGUUUCCUGUCGACAGAAGCAAAAUAACUUUCUUUUUUACUUUAAGUUCUAAUGAUACAAAAUGUAUGAGGUGCGAAGUGCAAAAUAUAAUGUUAAAAAUAUAACACAUCAUCAUUAUUUAGCUCACUUUUUGAGUAUGAUAGUUUAGUUAGAAAAU